CGGGCCGUACCAUCCGCCCGCCCAUGUCCCCCCCGGUGGGUGGCGCGGUGGUGCGGCCCGACAUGGCGGCGGCGCAGGGGCGCUAGGGGCACGCGGCACUAUGCACUUCUCCAUCCCCGAGACCGAGAGCCGCGCCGGGGAGGGCGGCGCCGCCUACGUGGCCUAUAACAUCCACGUGAACGGCGUGCUGCACUGCCGCGUGCGCUACAGCCAGCUGCUGGGCCUGCAUGAACAGCUAAGGAAAGAAUAUGGGGCCAAUGUGGUGCCCGCCUUUCCUCCAAAGAAGAUCUUCACCCUCACCCCGGCGGAGGUGGAGCAGAGGCGAGAGCAGCUGGAGAAAUACAUGCAGGCCGUGCGGCAGGACCCAGUGCUGGGAGGCAGCGAGACCUUCAACAGCUUCCUGCGCAAAGCGCAGCAGGAGACGCAGCAGAUCCCCACUGAGGAGGUGCCGCUGGAGGUGCUGCUCUCCAAUGGCCAGAAGGUCACGGUCACCAUCCUGACCUCGGACCAGACGGAGGACGUCCUGGAGGCUGUCGCCUCCAAGCUGGAUCUGCCCGAGGACCUAGUCGGCUACUUCAGCCUCUUCCUGGCGAGAGAAGCCACGGACGGAGCCUUUUCCUUCAUGAGGAAGCUGCAGGAAUUCGAGCUGCCGUACGUGUCUGUCACCAGCCUCCGCAGCCCCGAGUACAAGAUCAUCCUGCGCAAGAGUUACUGGGAUUCUUCCUACGACGACGACGUCAUGGAGCAGCGGGUGGGGCUGAACUUGUUGUAUGCACAGACUGUCUCGGACAUAGAACGCGGCUGGAUCCUCGUCAGCAAGGAGCAACACCGGCAGCUCAAGUCCCUGCAGGAGAAGGUCUCCAAGAAGGAGUUCAUCCGGCUAGCGCAGACCCUGAAGUACUACGGCUAUCUCAAGUUCGAGCCCUGCGUCACCGACUUCCCCGAGAAGGGCUGCCAGGUCAUCGUCAGCGCCGGCAACAGUGAGCUGAACUUCCAGGUGCGGCUGCCCAGCGAGCAGAUCAAAGAGGGCAGCUUCAAGGUGACGCGCAUGCGGUGCUGGCGGGUCACGUCCUCGGUUCCCACGAGUACUGUGCCGCCGGGGAGCAGCCCAGGGAAAGCGGAGGUGAAGCUGGAACUGGCCUUUGAGUACCUGAUGAGCAAGGACCGGCUGCAGUGGGUCACCAUCACUAGCCCCCAGGCCAUCAUGCUGAGCAUCUGCCUGCAGUCCAUGGUGGAUGAGCUGAUGGUGAAGAAGUCUGGCGGCAGCAUCCGCAAGAUGUUCCGCAGGCGAGCAAACGGGGCCCUGCGGCGCUCAGACAGCCAGCAAGCUGUGAAAUCCCCACCCCUGCUGGACUCGCCCGAUGGCAGCCGGGAGCCCAUGCUCAAACUCUCGAGCAAGCUCACCUCCGUCAGCCUGCGGGGCAUCAGCCACUCCGGCUCCGCCAGCGACCUGGGUGCCAACGACUUCCACGGCAACUACGCCUUCGAGGGGAUCGGCGAUGAGGACCUGUAGCCUGCUCCGCCCUCUCAUGCUGCCCGCGGCCAGCGUGGCUCUGGGGAUCGUCCCAUGUGCCUCUGCCGGGUUACCAGCCGCCUGCCCCUGCCCCACUUCAACCCCCUCCACCCACCAUUGCCUUGGGGGGGAGCCACCUCCCCGCUGCUGCUGCCACCUUCCUGAGGGCGGCCCCUUGCCCAGGCCCAGCCCAUGGAACCCAUUUCAUAGGGGGAACAACGCUCUUGCACACGGCCCCGUCAGGACGUGGGCUGGUCAGCGCCACGAGGCAGCUGCCCCACCCCUGCAGGAGGGCUCCGUGGCCUGGGGCCAGGACUGGCCUGUAGCUUGCACUUAGAGCCAGUCCGAGGGCUGGCUGCCAUGGGAGGUGGAGGCCUGGGGCUGUUCCCAUGGUGACAGACACCUCCCGGCCUCCAUACAUGCCAAAUUAGCAGCUAGGUCUUUGCACGAAGAACAAUGGACGACGUUCAGCACUGGCUGCAGGCUGGUGCGCUGCCUGCUGCCGCUAACCCGCUCAUAGACGCCAGCAUAAUCGCCGAGGCUUGUAACCUGUAGCGCUCUGCUGUGUACAGAGGGACUGGAGCAUGAAUGGACAUUAACCAAUGUUUACACACUGCAGUGAUUAAAGCGGAUCAUGAUUGGUAA